AUGGCCGCUUGCUUUGUCUAUGCCCUAGCUUUCGGGCUCUUUCUUCCAAUCUCAAGUACGACCGCCACAAGCACAAGGGCAUCCACCACUGUCCAGCCUUUGGAUACUGUCCCCGUUGACUUUCGCCCUGUUUACCACUUCGUGCCAGAGCAGAAUUGGAUGAAUGAACCUAAUGGUCUUAUUAAAAUCGGGUCUACAUGGCACUUGUUUUUCCAACAUAAUCCUACCGGAAACUUCUGGGGGAACCUUAGUUGGGGCCAUGCAACUAGCACCGACUUGGUAUCCUGGACUCACCAACCAAUUGCGAUCUCUAGUGGAGAUGGCAUUCAAGCAUUCACAGGGACGGCGUAUUUCGACUCGGAGAAUCUUUCGGGGCUGGGAUCGCCAUCAAAUGCACCAUAUCUUGCAUUCUAUACUGGCUAUUUCCCCUCGACUGGGGUGCAGGAUCAGCGGCUGGCGUAUAGUCUCGACCAUGGCACUACCUGGAUCAAAUAUGCAGGUAAUCCGAUAAUCUCAAAAACCCAGGAAGAGCCGCAUGAUAUAACCAAGGGUCUGGAGACCCGGGAUCCAAAGGUCUUCUACCAUACCCCGUCGGGCAGAUGGGUGAUGAUUCUCGCACAUGGCGGCCAGAAUAAAGUCACUUUCUGGACCUCGAGCGAUGCAGAAUCGUGGACCUGGAGAAGCGACUUCAAUGCCAACAGCAUUCCAAACUUACCCGGCGGGAUCAACGGAUGGGAGGUGCCGGACUUUUUCGAACUCGCGAUCAAAGGCACGACGCAGAAAAAAUGGGUCAUGAUCAUUACUCCCGCCACUGGGUCGCCCGCUGGUGGCAAUGGCGUCUUCGCAGUCGUAGGCUCAUUCGACGGUGCUGUUUUCACCGCGGACCCCGUAGAUCCUAGCGCAUUUUGGCUUGAUUACGGCCGUGACUUUGACGGGGCCCUCAGUUGGGAGAACGUCCCUGCCUCGGAUGGACGUAGGAUUCUCGCUUCUGUGAUGAAUAGUUAUGGGGGGAACCCCCCAACCAACACCUGGAAGGGAAUGCUAUCGUUCCCUCGCACACUGGAGCUUCAACAGUUUAAUAGCAAGCUGCGCUUCUUGCAAUUGCCCGUGGCCGAGCUCAGCGCGUACACAUGGCUCAUCGCGAAUAUCACGAAUCAAACCAUCGCCCCUGGACAGACGUUGCUGUCUGACAUCCAUUCUCGGACACUCGAUAUAGAGAUGUCCUUCACCCCUUCCCCCGGCGCGACGCUGUCUCUCUCUGUCCGCAAGGGAGGGUCUCAGCAGACUUUUAUCAGGUAUGCGGAGAGUGCUCAACAACUCUCGGUUGAUCGCAAUGCCAGUGGAAAUAUCUCGUAUGAUCCCGCGGCAGCUGGUGUUCACACUGCUACUGUGCAGCCUGAUGCAAGUGGGGAGAUGCAUUUGCGUGUUCUGGUUGAUACAUGUUCUCUUGAGGUGUUUGGGGGGCAAGGGGAGGCGGUGAUUUCGAACUUGAUCUUCCCUGACGUUUCCGCUGAUGGUGUUUCUCUGGAGGUAUCUGGAGGAACUGUAGCAUUGAGGUCGGUGGAGGUGCGGGAGGUCCUUCUUUGA